AUGAAGAUUUUUUCAGUCCAAGUGCUUCAUAAAGGCCCUGAUGGCAAAGCAAAGGCUCUCAAAUCUGCUCAUGAUUUGAGCAGUUUCAGUUUCUUCCAGCGACAUUCCGUUCAGGAAUUUAUGAUUUUUACGGGGAAGUUACUGGUUGAACGUUCUACUUUGUCAAGUCGAAGUUCUGUAAAAGAAAAUGAAUAUUUUUGUCAUAUAUUCGUACGACAAGACGGAUUAUCAGGCAUUUGUAUAACGGAUGCAGAAUAUCAGCAGCGUGUCGCAUUCACUAUGUUACGCCGAAUCUUGGACGAUUUUGCAGCAAGAGUGCCGUUAGUCCAAUGGGCACAAAUAAAAACUGAGAAAGAUUGUACCUACACAGGUUUACCAGAACUACUAAUGAAAUGGCAAAAUCCUCGCGAAGCAGAUGCGAUGACACGAGUUCAGGAAGAAGUAGAAGAAACGAAAGUAGUACUGCAUAAUACGAUACAAUCAGUGCUGGAACGUGGUGAAAAGCUCGACGAUUUAAUCGCUGCUAGUGAAGGCCUCUCCAAUCAAAGUAAAUUAUUUUAUACCCAGGCAAGGAAGAUGAAUAAAUGUUGUAGCUGGACUUGA